AGUGAUCUGCUGCACUUCGGCCCCCAAGGCGCACAUGGGCUCCUGCCUUCACAGCAUCAUGGAGAGGGAGGGCGUGCUGGUCCGCUCUAUUUACUAUGGAAAAAUAGGCAGCGAGGCCACGGAGAGGCUGAUGGAGAGAUAUGGACAUGAAGGCAGUUUUCUGCUGAGAGACAGCGACACCGUGCAGGGGGCCUUCUGCCUGUGCGUGAGGCAAACUCCUUUUGUACAAACCUACAGACUUAUUCACUCCACAGACGGCUGGUGUCUGCAGCUGGUUUCAGGAAGCACCCAGCAGAGGUUUAGGACUCUGGAAACACUGAUAGAGACCUACAGGAGGGGCACGGUCUGUAAUGCCCAUAUAGCUCCUCUCAGGCAUCCACUAGUCCGAGCACAGCUGGGAGAUAUCAGCUUGGGACAAGCAGAGCCAGCCUACAUGGAGAUGUGAAGUGUGAACGCGCCUUUAGCCCGAGAGGCAGAUGGUUGACAAGCUAAAAUGAUCCAAAACAUACGUCACGUGUCAAGGAUGUCUUCUGUGAUUGCUGCUGCUGUUUAAUCGCUCAAAGGCCUUGAACACCUUGAGACAUUUGUGGAGUCAUGAAAAUUUAAACCUUUACACCUUUUUAAUGGUUGGAAAUAGCCGAAAGACCUUGUGUUUUCAUCAUUGGAAUAUGUAAUACAACUCCAUCAACAUGCCUCCGCUUUUUCCAUCCUGGAAUCAACACAGGCAACUUUUCACCACUGCCCUAAAAUACACCCCAAGCACUGAAACUGAAAGUCAUCGGAAAGUCUUUGAAGCUGAUGUCUAAGUCGGUGUGGAGACCCUGUCUGUAGUUGGUAAAAUGUACGUACCACCCUGUGUCUGUUUGUUUCUGUGGUUUGUUUUUUUGCAGACCUUUGCCCUUUGUAUGUGGUGCUUUGUGGUGUGUGUGCACCUUUGUGUGUUCGUGUGUGUUUCUAUAUAUCAGCAUGAGAAAACGCAUUUGUUUUUGACCCUGUUACCU